AUGAGAGCCACUCCCGCCGCACCUGUAAGAGGCUCCAGCCGAGCUCCAAAACGACCCCCAGCCGAGCCGGGCCCAGACGUCCACCCAAGGAACGCCAGGCCUCCCGCUGCUCCUGCUGGGGCUUCACCGUUUGCUGGGGCGCGACAGGACGAGAACGUGGUGCCUCUGGGCUCUCCUGGCGGCCUGUCUAGCGUGUCACGGCGGGCUGCUGACGACCUUGAGAGGCGGCCGCGGCAGCGCUCACCUCGGAUGCUGUCGUGUCGUUCGUCAAGCUGCUCCGCUCGCUGCACACCAACGAAACAUGCAGAGCAAGCCGUGUGGGCACCGGGAAACACUGCUGGCGAUGGUCCCAAACUCAGAGACUUCGUCACUAAGGCUGGCAUUGUACAACCUCUUCUGGAACUCAUUAGACCAGACACAGAGACUGCCGAGAUCAACGAGGUGGACCGCCUGGGCCAGAUGAGUGAGGAGUGCGGCGGACUGGACAAGACUGAGGACUGCAGCACCACGACAACGAGGCCGUGUACCAGAAGGCCCUGGAUGGAUAUUAUCGAGAAGUGUUCCGGCGAAGAGGAGGGCCCCGAGGUGAGCAGCACCACCAGUGGCCAGGCGUACGACUUCUCUGCCGUGAACAACGUGCCUGAGGGUGGAUUCUCUUUCUAGGACUUCAGUGUGUGUGUCUGGCAAGGGAGGAGCAGCAGCAGGCAGGGUGUGUGUGAUCCACGGCGGAAUAAUGUAAUAAUGUAUCUAACCGUCGAUCUCACUUGUCUAAGUGGCCUCUGCAGCAUGUUUUACUGGGCCUUCAGUGGACCCGCUGGUGCCUCAAUGUUUUACUGGGCCUUCAGUGGACCCGCUGGUGCCUCAAUGUUUUACUGGGCCUUCAGUGGACCCGCUGGUGCCUCAGUGUUUUAUUGGGCCUUCAGUGGACCCGCUGGUGCCUCAAUGUUUUACUGGGCCUUCAGUGGACCCGCUGGUGCCUCAAUGUUUUACUGGGCAUUCAGUGGACCCUCUGGUGCCUCAAUGUUUUACUGGGCCUUCAGUGGACCCGC